UAGCUCCAAAGCAUCUGGAAGCGCAGCAGCGAUCGUCUUUCCAUCCUUGCCGGUGCUGGCGGAGUGCCGUUGCUGGUGAGACCGUUAGCUCAGCAAGCGCACGCCAUUGCCGCUAUGGAGGUGCUGUCCAGCGAGCCUUUAGGACCUCGAGGAGGCCUCGAUAGGGCAAUGCUUAACAGUAUUACAGCAUCGGCGCCUUGCCAUAGGCUCUCCUCACCAGCGGAUACGAGGAAGGAGCAAAGCUCAUCUACCGAGUUGGCAUGCUUUCUCGACAUCCACAAUCUCAGAAGCAUACGUAACUCUAUUGCAACGUGCGGCGCUCGUCGCGAUCCCGGAUCAGAUCCUCGCUUUCGCGUUGUCAUCCGUCAACAGCCCCGCCAUGGCCUGGCGUCUGGUGACGACACUGCACUGCACAGAAGUGCCCGCCCCAUCCCGCUUGAUCCUCCUCUCGUGUGCGAACUCAUUCCUAAGGAGCAAGGCGCUGCAAGCGCUUUCAGCUUGCUUGACCUAUCUCUGCGCGUCAGACUUGUCAGCAUCGACACGCCAACGAAGGAAGUCAAGCUCACUCCAAACGGACUCGAGGCCUUAUCAGGGGACUUUGACCAAUGUGCCUUCACUGCUCCGGUAUACCCGCCUCAAGAUCAGAGCUACUUCAUAUUUUCCGAGCUGAGCGUACGAAAGAAGGGCAAUUACCGCCUUCGUAUCGAUGUCAUUGAUCGUUCCGACUUGCUCUUCAGUGUUCUUGGCUCCGUCUUCUCCGAGGUCUUUCAGGUCCAUGAGAAGGCGACUUUUCCAGGCCUCAGCCCGUCAUCGGACCUCAUUAGAGCCAUCGCUCGACGCGGUCUCAAGCUCAGGAUCAUCAAGGCGGCCGACUCGACGAAAGCUUUGAAGCCGGGUGUCAAGAAGAAGAAAAGAAAGAUCGAAGGGCGUGGCCAGGCGCUCUACAAUGGCGACGGGGACGAGGAUGAGAUGGACGAGUUGAAGAGUCCCACACCUUCAUCAGGCUCUUGCUCAUCCGGCUCGACAGGAGCAGACGGCCUGCGCACCUUUGCACCAACUAUUCGUGUCGCGCCACCUCAAGACAACAGGACUCGUUAUGAUUGUCUCGACUCACGCCCGACAGCAUAUCCAGCACACACCUCUCACUUGCACCAGCGACCCCAGCCUCGAGCACACCGACCUCAUACUGUCUCCUCUACUCAGAGCACGUCUUUAGACUCAAGAGAGGCAGAGGGAGUGAGCUCCCGAGCAAAAGCCCUUUCCCCUCAAUUACGUCCAUCUUUCCCCUCGAGAGAUGGUGCGGCUAGACUAGAUCAAGCGCCAUUGCUCGACGGUGCUCAUUCUACGGGCGGACCCUCGGGCCAUACUCUCCCAAGCCUCCAAGUGUCCGGUAGACCACGAUUCGCUGCCUCCUCUCAACCGACCCGACACUCAAGAGAGAGAUCGAUGCCCGCCGCAGACCCCCGCAGAGCCUUGGCGACAGCUGUUGCUGUCCAUCAACCUUCACACUCGCGCACUGUUCCGAUCUCACCCCCAGCCAAGGCACCACCAUCCGACCGGCCUGGCCUUGAAGAUGAUGGCGUGAGCGGCUUCGAGCGUGAGAGCGACUAUUACCGCCGUUUGGACCUGCUUCGCCGCUCGCACGGGCAAGGACAAGGACAAGGUCAGACUCGAGAGGUAUGCAGGCCUGAUUGUUCGACCCAAGCCUACAACUCAGCCACCUCCUCAUCGGCACUUCCCUUGUUUGCUCCCAUCAAGAGUCGUCCAACCUGCUGGGUGGCGGGGCACUCGUCCGCUCUCGUCACGCCCUUCACGCGCUCUGGCGACAAAUCUAGCCCUUCGCUCCUCCCUCAUGGGCCGAUAUCCAAAUCAGCAUCAGCGAUGGCGGGCCUUAACCACCUUGCUGCAAGUGCGUCUACAAUCACUGCAUCUCGUGCUUACACCAAUGGCCUCACGGCCCAGACCGGUCGGCUGCCCACCCCUUCGGCGCCAGAGAAGUCGACGUCAAUCUCAGCAUCGUCAAAGAAGUUGCCGUCCAUUCAGCACAUCUUUGAAGCCGCAGACGCUGGGCAGCGCGAGCAACUGCAACACCACCCUGACGUUGCGUUGGCGCCGCCUAGACUUCGGGACUUCAGACCGUACAUGGUCCAUGAACCGCCUCCAUCCUCUUCGCGACCGGUCGCUCGUUCACAACGCCGGCAGGACAACACGUCAUACGCCUCCCACUCUCACUGAUACCAUACAAUCCAUGUCUCUCCUGUCGAUGUAUUUAGUGCCCCCAACCAAAGCCUCGUCACAUAGUCUGUACGCUCGACCUCUGUCUCCUGUAGCACAUUACCGUUGCGACCCCUCCCUCAUGCCUCUCUCAUUCCCCUCCGCUUUCCAUCA